AUGCGCGGAGUUGUGCUGCGCAGUCACAGCUCUGCGCCGUCCCCUCUACCGUCCGCACUUGUGCUGCUGGGCUACGGUCCGCGCUUCUCCCGCCAGCCUCGCCAUGGCUGACCCGCGUUUGAGGCAGAUCAAGAUCAAGACCGGCGUCGUGAGGCGAUUGGUGAAAGAGAAAGUUAUGUAUGAAAAAGAAGCAAAACAGCAAGAAGAAAAGAUUGAAAAAAUGAAAGCUGAAGCAUGUGAUGAUUAUGGAAUUAAGAAGCAGAUUGAGAUCUUGCAAGAGUCCAGAAUGAUGAUUCCAGACUGCCAGCGCAGAUUAGAAGUUGCACAUGCAGAUCUUACUCAGCUACUAGAAACUGAAAAAGAAUUGGAAGAAGCCGAGGAAUAUAAAGAAGCACGUUCCAUACUGGAGUCAGUGAAGCUGGAAGCCUAGAAGUUUUUCAGUACCGUCUUUUUAUGCAUUAGCCUUGGGUCCAUUCCAUAUUCUUAAUUUGACUAUGGCUCUAAUACUAUUGUUGACUUGCUGAGGUUCCCUUUAAACAAACAGGCCUUCCUCUAACUGCAAGAUGCAUCAAAUAAAGGAUGUUCUGAAACAUCUGUGUGUUCCAUAUUCAAGCAAAACAGAAACAUUUCCAAUUUAUCUCGCUUACAUAAGUUAAAAAAAAAAAAGCUGAUUCAAUGUAACUGUAAUAGUGUAAACAGCUAAUACACAGGACUUUAUUUAAACAAUUCAGGCUAAGAAACGAAGUUUAGGUACUUAAGGAAGGUGAGCGACCAAUAAAUAUUUAGAAUGAAGUAGACAUAGGAUAUGACAUAGACAUAGAGAUUUAUCUAGUUCCAACCCCCCCGCCAUGGGCUUGAAAAGCACUUUACAUUCCAAAUAAUUUAAAGCCAUUAUACAUUGGUAGUGAAAAGGGAGAUGGACCAAAUGACCCUUCAAAGUCACCCAUCCUUUUUUGGAUACAAUUUACCUGUAAUUUUGUCAGGUAUGUACUCCCUGUUUAUCUUUGAGCCCAAGACAGAAUUAGAAACUGAUUCCAAAACUUUCUCAAUUUGACUGCAAUUGAUUUGUAGAGCCCAGUUCAGACAAUUACCAUGGAUCAAAAUUCUGUUACUGUUCCAAUGAAAAGAACAGCUAACUCGUCAGUUAGAUCUGCUGAUAAGAGUUCUAGACUAAAUGCUUUUCCUGAAAGCACCUUGGCCUAAGUGAGUGUUUUUCUGAACAAUGUUCAAACCCCAGAAGAUGAAACAGAAGUAAUGGGUCAGGGGGGAAUGCUUUGUCUGUCUGAAAGAUCAUUCAAACAUUGUAUACAAGAGCUGUGAUUCUUUCAAAAUAGCUUCUCUAAACAGCAGACUCUGAUGAACAAGAAAGCUUUUACAUUAGUUUUUAUAGUUUGAAAGUGCUCUGGCAUGUUCCUUAAAGGCAACACAAAGCACACUGUACUUUUUGUGUGGUGCUAUAUUGAAUAUUCUUAAUAAAAUUUUAUUAAUUUGCCUGA